GGAGCCGAGAGGACGGCACGCAUUUUCGCGAUGGCUUCUGCCCUCAACAGCAAAAUUCACGCGCCCGGGACUUGCCCGGGCUCCAAAACCGAUGCCCGCGGCGGCGCCGACUGGAGAAUGGACUGCGAUCCCGAGAUGCACGUGAAAAUGUGCAAGAAGAUCGCCCAGCUCACCAAGGUGAUCUACGCACUGAACACCCGCCAGGAUGAGGCAGAGGCCAGCAUGGAGGCGCUGCGGGAGGCCCACCAGGAGGAGCUCCAGAACGCAGUGGCCGAGGCCCAGGCCCGGCUCCUGCAGGAACAGGGCAGAGCGGAUGAGGAGGCCCUGCGGGAGCGCAUCCAGGCCCUGGAGAGUGCCCUGGAGCUGCAGAAGAGGCUCACCCAGGAGGCGCUUGCCCAGUCGGCCUCCUGCAGGCUGGAAACCAAAGAGAGGGAGCUGAGGGUGGAGGCUGAGCACGCCGAGCGGGUUUUGACCCUCUCCAAGGAGAUGCUGGAGCUCAAGGCGGACUAUGAGAAGAGGCUCCGCCACCUGACCAGCCACGAGGCGCCUCAGUGGGGCCGGCUCGCCCAGGAGAACCCUGACGGGAAGGGAGAGCCGGGGGGCGGCCCGGAGAUGCGGGAGGUCCUGCUGGAGGUGCAGCGGCUGCGGGCGGAGAACCAGCAGCUGAGCAAGGACUACGCCAGGAAGGCGGAGGAGCUGCAGGCCAACUACGAGCGCGAGAACGAGGCCAUCCGGCAGGCCAUGCAGCAGUCGGUGAGCGAGGCCCUGUGGCAGUGGCAGGAGAAGGAGACCGACCUCCGCAAGAACUUCCAGGUCCAGGAGUCGGCCCUGCAGGCCCAGGUCCGGAAGCUGGAAGGCGACCUGGAGCACAGAGGCCGCAAGAUAAGUGACCUCAAGAAGCACGCGCAGAAGCUCAAGGAGAGAAUUCAGGACCUGGACGUGCAACUCAAGGAGGCGCGGCAGGAGAACUCAGAGUUGAAAAGCACUGCCAAAAAGCUCGGGGAGAAGCUGGCUGUGGCCAAGGACAGACUGGUGCUGCAGGAGUGUCACGUGGCGCAGAAACCCGAUAACAUGAAGAUGGAGCUCAUUUCCGAGAAUAAAGUCCUGGGAGAAGGAAAUGACCUGGAAGCCGGCAGUCUCCAUCCUCAGCAGGAUCAGAACUUUCCCAAGGAGUGUCCAUGCAUGAAAGGAGGCACAGAAACACAGGUAGGCCAAAAAGAGGCAAGUGUUGGGGAGUCUAUGAAGCAACAAUAUGAAGAAGAUCUUCGUAAAAUCAAAAUCCAGACAGAAGAGGAGAAGAAACAUCUCAAAGAGCAGCUGCUGAAGCGUCUGGAAGACUUGGUCAAGAAGCACACGGUGGAAAUGAAAUCGGUUCGCUCCUCGGUAGAGGCUGAGAGGAAAAAGCUACAGAAGGAAGUGGAAGCGCAGCUGGAGGAGGUGAAGAAGAAAUCAGAAAAUGAAAUAAAACAGCUGGAAGAAGAGAAAACAGCCCUAAAUGCGAAGCUCCAGAAUUCUCUGCUUGAGGUUUUAAGGCUGGAAGAAUUUAUUCAACAAAAUAAGGUCCAUUUCCCCAGAGGCCAGGAACAGCCCCAAGAACCAGAUCGCGGACUCUGCGGCAUGUUGGAGACCCAGGAUCCGUGCUUGAAGCCGAGGAAACCUGAGCCCUUACCCAGAGAAGAGCCUCAAGAGAAGGGGGCCGCUGAAGGAGCCAGCAGUGACGAGGAGGGCAGGAGCCAGGCGCCCCUCUGGGAGGGUGGUGAAGUGCCACCUGCACAGGGCUCUGCGCUGAAGGAGAAGGCUCCGGACAGCCAGUGUCUGCAGGAGGAGUGGCAGAGCCAGAGGGCCCGUCUGCAAGCGCAGAUGCAGCAGGCCCUGGAGCAGUGCGCCAGCAGCUACCGGGAGGACCUGCAGCAGCUCAGGGAUCUCUCGAAGCAGGAGAGGGAGAAGCUGCAGCGUGAGCUCCAGGAGACGGUGCGGCAGAACCAGGCGGCUGAGGCACAGGUGGGGGCCGCCCACCAGCGAGCCCUGCGCCUGCUGGAGAAGGCCCAGCAGCAGGAACUCUGGGCCACAGAGGAGCGCCUGAAGAAGAAAUCCAGCCACAGCCUCCAGCUCCAGCGCCAGGCACAUCAGCUGCAGCUCCAGGCCUUGGAGGAAAAGGCCCAGCAGGAGCUCCAGGGGCAGCUGGAGAGGAUGCAAGGCCAGCAGGCUCUGCUGCUAGAGGCCCUUCGGAAGGAGCUGUCGGAGCAGCGGGCGGCCUGUGCUGAGCACCAGAAAGACUUGGAGGUGCUGCAGGCAGAGCUGAGGGCUCUGGGCAGCUUGGGCAGGCAGCAGGCCAGCGCCCCGUGUCCAGGGGACAGCGAGGACCCCACCGUCGCCACAGAGGAUGCGGGGGGCACUGGCCAGACGGGCUCCCCAGUCAGCGCCACUGACCAAGGUCCGAGCGAGGGAGGAGGCCUCCGGGAGGAGAACGCGCAGCUCAAGGACGCGGUGCAGCGGCUGCAGGCUGAGCUGGAGGCACUGCAGCGGGAGGCGCUGCCCUCCGGGGACCCCCACAGGCCGCCGGGGGAGGACCAGCGGGCCCGGGAAGUGGAGCUGCUGCGGCAGGAACACCGGAAGGAGAUGCAGGCCAUGGUGGCGGAGUUCAGCGCCGCCCAGGCCCGCCUGCAGGCCCGGCUGGCCGCCCUGGAGACCGAGCUGAAAGAUUCCGGGGAGAAGCCAGGGAAGGGGGCGUCCCGGCCCGAGGACUUGCAGCUCAUAGGCCGCCUGCAGAGCCUCUUGAAAGAGAGGGAGGAGAUCAUCAAGCAGCUCUCGGAGGAGCGGAGGCUUCACUGCGCGGCCUUCCCCGGCGCCGUCUCCCACCGGAAUCGCUCCUUCUCUUUCAAUCCUCACCCCGGGUACCUGACCCCGUCCAUGAAGAAAAAGAAGAUGGAGGAGGUGCCCAGCCGGGUGGUGAGCGUGCCCAACCUGGCUUCCUACGCCAAGAACUUCCUGAGCGGCGACCUGAGCGCGAGGAUCAAUGCCCCCCCCAUAACCAAGUCCCCCAGCCUGGACCCAGGCCCCAGCUGUGGCCGGCCGUACAAACCCAGCCAGUCUCUAGAUGUGAGAGCCGCCACCAGGCCACAAGAUGGUGAAACAGCCCAACCCAAAGAAGCCCAGCAGAAGCAGGGCUCAGCGCCCCAGGAAUGGUUCACCAAGUACUUUUCCUUCUGAACUCGUCCUCGGGAUACAUGUCACAAGGACAUUUGAAGGACAUUUCUCUGAAAGCAUCUGAUUGAGAGGAUGGACAUCAACACUAAUCAACCAAAUAACUUGCUUGUAAUGUGAUUCGUAUGUGGCGGCCACGCGAAGUUCCGGUGCUAACAUUUCAUACUCUUUCAUAGUGACACCAGUUCCUUACAGAAAAUUCUCAACAUUAAGAUAAACCAGUGUAACCACGGGCCAAGGGUCACGCCACUGGGGGUUGACUGUUGUAUUUGUAGUGUCUGAAAGGUGGUGUCCUCUUUGUGGGAUAGCAGAUGACUUCCUGGUCUCCCUUUAAAAAGUGGUUUCAUGUUUCCUUAGGAUGAUCAUCUCCGCUUGAAAAGAUGUUUCUGUGUAAGUGAUGUAAUUGCAAAUGUACAUCUCCCCUCAAUAGAAAAUGAGACAAAGCUCCACGUAACCAGGAAAGACGUGGUUCUCCCUGGUAAAACAGUUCCGUUUCAAUGCCUGUAGUGCAACGUGCUCAGCUGUGAAGGCUUCCAGACCAGCUGUUGUUUGGAGUCAAAGAUCUACUGAGCUUCCUGCUCUGGGUGUGGACUGUCCUCCACGUGUGGCGUGGCCGGGCAGUCAGCCUCCAACACGUGGCUGAGCUGGCGGUGCCGGCUGCUGUCGGCUCACACCUGCCGGGCGGGGUGGGGGUCCCCGUGCAAUUAAGACUCGCCUCAAUACAACUUUAUUGGGCAAAAUGUAUUCUCCAUCCUUUGGUGCUGGCCCGGCAUGGGGCCCUAAACAGUUUAUUCUGUGCACUGUCAAAUCUUUGCUCUUUGAAUAAAACCUCAAAUAACUGGGCAAUAAAGAUGAUGGUGGCUUGUAUUAUUUCUCCAUA